GAGCGGUGGGCACGGCUGUGGCUCCGUCUCCCGGCUGCGCGCGGAGCGGGAGGGCUCUCCUCACACAAGCGCUUCCUCGCGGAGGGGUUGGAGCUGCGGCAGACGCAGGCCUGGGCAGCCCCUUCUCUGCCGCCUCCUUCUCUUCCUGAGGGCUCCCCGGUCCUCUUGCCCUCCGACGCUACCCAGGUAUGGUCUGAAUAUGCGUUGCUUGGCAGCUCGGGUCAACUAUAAGACUUUGAUUGUCAUCUGCGCACUCUUCACUUUGGUCACAGUACUUUUGUGGAAUAAGUGUUCCAGCGACAGAGCGAUCCAGUUUCCACGGCACUCGAGUAGUGGCUUCAGAGUGGAUGCGUUAGAAAAAAGAGCAGCAGCAUCUGAGAGCAACAACUAUGUGAACCACAUGGCCAAGCACUCUGAGGAGGCAUUCCCUCAGGAACAGCAGAAAGCGCCCCCUGUUGUUGGAGGCUUCAAUAGCAAUGGGGGAAGCAAGGUGUUAGGGCUCAAAUAUGAAGAAAUUGACUGUCUCAUAAAUGAUGAACACACAAUUAAAGGGAGACGAGAGGGGAAUGAAGUCUUUCUUCCAUUUACCUGGGUAGAGAAAUAUUUUGACGUUUACGGAAAGGUGGUUCAGUACGAUGGCUAUGAUCGGUUUGAAUUCUCUCAUAGCUAUUCCAAAGUCUAUGCACAGAGAGCCCCUUAUCACCCUGAUGGUGUAUUUAUGUCCUUUGAAGGCUACAAUGUGGAAGUCCGAGACAGAGUCAAGUGCAUAAGUGGGGUUGAAGGUGUACCUCUAUCUACACAAUGGGGACCUCAAGGCUAUUUCUACCCAAUCCAGAUUGCACAGUAUGGGUUAAGUCAUUACAGCAAGAAUCUAACUGAGAAACCCCCUCACACAGAGGUAUAUGAAACAGCAGAAGACAGGGACAAAAAUAGCAAGCCCAAUGACUGGACCGUGCCAAAGGGCUGCUUUAUGGCUAGUGUGGCUGAUAAGUCUAGAUUCACCAAUGUUAAACAGUUCACUGCUCCGGAAACCAGUGAUGGUGUGUCCUUGCAACUGGGGAACACAAAAGAUUUUAUUAUUUCAUUUGACCUCAAGUUCUUAACAAACGGAAGUGUGUCUGUGGUUCUGGAGACCACAGAAAAGAAUCAGCUCUUCACUGUACAUUAUGUCUCAAAUACCCAGCUAAUUGCUUUUAAAGAAAGAGACAUAUACUAUGGCAUUGGGCCCAGAACUUCAUGGAGCACGGUUACCAGGGACCUGGUCACUGACCUCCGGAAAGGAGUGGGUCUUUCCAACACAAAAGCUGUCAAGCCAACCAAAAUAAUGCCCAAGAAAGUAGUUAGGCUGAUUGCAAAAGGGAAAGGCUUCCUCGACAACAUUACCAUCUCUACCACAGCCCACAUGGCCGCAUUCUUUGCUGCCAGUGAUUGGUUGGUGAGGAACCAGGAUGAGAAAGGUGGCUGGCCAAUUAUGGUGACCCGUAAGUUAGGGGAAGGGUUCAAGUCUUUAGAGCCAGGGUGGUACUCUGCCAUGGCCCAAGGGCAAGCCAUUUCUACAUUAGUCAGGGCCUAUCUCUUAACAAAAGACCGUAUAUUCCUCAAUUCAGCUUUAAGGGCAACAGCCCCUUACAAAUUUCUAUCAGAGCAGCAUGGAGUUAAAGCUGUGUUUAUGAAUAAACAUGACUGGUAUGAAGAAUAUCCAACCACACCUAGCUCUUUUGUUUUAAAUGGCUUUAUGUAUUCUUUAAUUGGGCUGUAUGACUUAAAAGAAACUGCAGGGGAAAAACUCGGGAAAGAAGCGAGGUCCUUGUAUGAGCGUGGCAUGGAAUCCCUUAAAGCCAUGCUCCCCUUGUACGACACUGGCUCAGGAACCAUCUAUGACCUCCGGCACUUCAUGCUUGGCAUUGCCCCCAACCUGGCCCGCUGGGACUAUCACACCACCCACAUCAAUCAACUGCAGCUACUCAGCACCAUUGAUGAGUCCCCAGUCUUCAAAGAAUUUGUCAAGAGGUGGAAAAGCUACCUUAAAGGCAGCAGGGCAAAGCACAACUAGAGCUCAGAACCAAAAUCAUAUUUCAGCCUCUGCUGUACACAGAAACUACAGGCUCUCUGUCAGCAGAGCAUAGGCACAUUUUAAAAGGUUGUAUACUAGGUUUUUGUGGAUUACAUCAAAGUGAUAAAUGAUCCUUAAAACCAGUCUUCUGAGAUAAUUGCAUUCCAUGAGUUGGGUGUUUAGAAAUGUAGGUGGCAUUUAGAGCAGCAAAGUGUUUAGUCAACGGGUGAAUGAAAAUGUUUAACUUGGCCUUGCUUAUCACCCUAUACAGAUAGUUCCACAGAUAGUCCAGUCCUCUCGGUUUGGGAAAGACAAUGGUAAGUAGCUCUUACUGGCCAACUGUCCAGCACUUGCCUGCAAACUUAGUAUGGGGCUCUUUUAAAAUGUGGUUAUUUAUGUUUAUGUUGAAAGCAGACUUUAAAAAAAUAAUGUGCUGUAAUACAGUAAAUAUGUACUUGUAGCCUGAAUAGUGGACUGUGUGCAACUUUAAAAAUGAUGUUUCUUUUCUAUAUAUUAAUUUCUUGGGAGUGAAUGAGCAUUUGUUGCAUUUGUUCAAUUUGUUAUAUAUGGAGAAUAUUUUGAAUUUAUGGUUUUCUUGAAACGUGUAAAUUAAAAACACAACCAGUGUUCAGGCUUCACAGUUAUAUAAUGUAAGCACAACUAAGAUGAAACUUGUUGACUGCACAAGAAAUUACAGAAAUGUUAUCUGUUUUAUGAAACUUGAUCUACAAUCAGUAAAGGUUUGAUAAUCAUUCUAUCCCUCCUUUACCCCCAUUGUGGUGGUUUCUUUUUGUCACUAUCUAGAAUUUUGUAUUUCAUUUCAGACUAUGCUAGAGAGUUUUUUCUAUGUUGGGGGGGCAUUUGGGAAUUUUUAUUAUAAACCUAAAUUUGGGGAGGAGGUAGUAAUUUUGAUAAGUCCACUACCACUGUCUUUUUAAGAUUUUUUUUCCCCUUUAAAGAAAACUACUAGGUCAGAUAUUAUAAGGUUUAUAGCAGUUUUUUUUUUU